AUGUAUUAUGUAUGUUAUGAAACAAAUAACAUGUUACAGUGUAUUGCAGAUAUAAGAAAUCCUGAAGAUAAUUUAGAAUUUGAAAUUGGGCAGAUGCCAGAUAUGUUAAGAAAUACGGAGGGAAUACCAGAGACUGUGGUCUGUAAUACAGUUGAAGGUAGAGAACCAGAUUCUCCCAGUACUUCAGCAUCACAACUUUCAGAUGUUUUAUUUUCUACAUCUUCGACGUCAACUGAUGAGGAAAAACAUUCUUCUCCUUCAAGUAAAAGAUCCAAAAUAUUGAAAAUGAAAGGAAAGUACAAGAGCCGUAAAUUAAUUGAAGCAGAAAAAAAGUCAUAUGAAUUAAAAUGGAAAAAACUGCAAAUGGAAAUUGAAGUAGCACAAUCGAUGAAAACAUUAAUCACAUCCCUUGCUGAUUUAGUAAGUCGAAUCCAACCUCCAUUUCCUGGACAAUCUUCUACAGUUCCAAACUGGACAAUGCCAACCCCUUAUUCUUUUGUACAAAAUUAUCCACAGCCAAUGCCUUCUUCCCCUGUAUCUCAACAGUGUGUAUGUAAUAAUCGAAAAUCAUCUCAAUCCAUAAAUGGAAUGCCAUCAUCUAAUCAACCUUUUGUAAAUCAUUCUAAAGAUUCAUCAUUUAAUAAUCUACACAAUAAUGGAAAUAAUUUCAAAAAUAAACAAGCUAACGUGCAAUUUUUUCCACGAAGAAGCAUUCACUAAAUUGUUUUCACAAGAGUAGAGAAGAAAGGACAGGGAAGAGCAUACAGGAAGCUAAAUGAGAAGGGUGCGUUGAACCUUACUAAUACAUGGUAAAUAUGUAAUUACAAAACUAAAAAAAUUAUCAACAAACAGUUAAAUGUUAAUUCAAUAUUAAUAUUAGUUUUAAAUUAAAAAUGCUGCUGUUUUAUUUAUCAUCAUUACAGGCUAUUAGAAUAUUAAUAUAUAUAUACUCGUACUAUCCCCAGGUGACUAAAUUCACAAUACAACUGUUUUUCUUAUUCUCAUUAAAUAAAAAAAAUGACUUCUUCCAAAAUAAAGUAUAUCGAUCCAUAUUUUAUAUAAGCAAUAAAUAAUUGGUAUACUACUGUCUAUGACUGGUAUAAAUUUAAAUAGGCCUAUAGCACUUCAAUAAGCGUUUUCAGAUAUUGUCUAUGCCAAGUCGACGACCUAUUGUAUUUUUGUGUAUUUAAACGUAUUAUAUGAAAUGCCUCCUCUUUUGCCAUUUCGAUGUGGAAUUAUACAGUAUAAAUUGGGCCAUUUUGCAGGCAUGCCGACUCUGAAUAGGAUUGAUGGUAUGAGGCAAUGCGAUAUAUGGACUGCCAAGAGGUGCUUCAAGGGAGGACUUUAUGCUUUCAGAAAUUGGCUUCCUAUUUUAGUGUUAAAUAUGUGAAAAAACCCGAAAAACUCCACAUAGGCGCAACUCAAUUUAUGACCUAUGGAAAAUUCGAUUUACGACGGUUUUCCAGCAGCCAAAUAGAGCGUUAAAGCGAGGGUUUAUUGUGUUUUUAUAAAUCUAUAGUCGCUGUUAUAAAUCAAUAUAAAUCCAACAAUCAAAAAACAUUAAUCGAUUAUACUUUGAAAUACAAAAAUAAAUUCGAAAACUGUAGUAUAAAUUUAGCAUUAAUAAUUCGCUAUUCGGUGAAUAUUUCUUCGAAUUUAUUUAUUUCGAUGUUCUUAGAAAGAGUUCAAAUAAAAAUAAAUAUAUAUUUUCGUUUAUUUUUAUUAAUCAUAUGUGUAACAAUAAAAAUGAAGAAUUCAUGCAUAAAAUAUACAUUCAUAAUAAUUUCAGAUUCCUGAAACUAAGUUCAUAAUUUUUAUUCGAAUUACGCAUCAUAAAUAUCAUAAUCGU